AUAACUUCCCUGGUGUAGCUCUAAAUGACAUUUGCGAUUAACGAAACAAAACAAAAGAAAAAAUUAUUUGAAUUGGAAUUGAACGCAAAAAAAAUGAACCCUAAGGUGUUUUUUUAUUCAAGUUCAUCUGAUUCAGAUGAAAAACAUCACCAAAUGGUCAUAAGGUCCAGGAUUCGUGACAAAAGUAAUCCCAUGGCUUUACCUGAAGCAGCAUUCAGGAAGCGGUUUAGACUGACCAAAGAUGCAUUUACAUUCAUCGUAUCGGAAAUAGAAUUUAACGGGCAUUUAUCAACCGCAGUAUCACCAAUUCUUAAAUUAGCAGCGACUUUGUCCAUGCAAAAGCACGCUGUAUUGUUGAACGAACCAUUGGUACACUGAAAGGCCGGUGGAAAAUUUUAAGUAAUGAUAAAAGAAGUCGGUAUAGUCCUGAAAAGAUGGCAAAGUUCGGCAAUGUAUGUGCAGCGUUGCAUAACAUCUGCAUACAAUUUAAAAAUUCAA